CUUCCAGCCUCACCUUCAAUCGACACAGAAGAUGCACAGAUUUCUAGUGACUGCUCUACUCUUCUCUCUUCUCAACUAUGGAGCCGUCAUGGCCACAGAAUCGGACGAGGCAGAUUUCUUCCGAAACUGUCCGCCAUCCCGAUGCAGCAGUGAUGGACCAGACAUCAAGUUUCCCUUCCGGCUUGAAUCCAGCUCUUCAUCUUGUGGUGCUCCAGGAAUGCAGUUAUCAUGUUCUGGGCAAGAUACUCUCCUACUGCACCAUGUUCUUGGCCUAUCGAAGGUAACUGGAAUAGACUAUAUAUAUGGUGUCAUCAACAUCGUCCCUCUUGCAGAGUCAUGGUCACAGUGCGCACUUCAGAAGAUAAUUUCUGCAAAUUAUUCAACCAGUGUGUACAAACAAUAUGGGUUCCAAUAUGCAAGUCUUGUAAGUUGUUCAGAAGAGUUCAUAUGGGACAGUACAGACAGCAUUUUUGGCCCGAUUUCUUGCCUCAGCAAUGCAAGCCAGUCCCUGUACUUGGUAGCCCCUUAUGCAUUUGUGUCAAUUCUCCCGUUAUACUGCAAAGUGGUUUCGACAGAGAUCAUGAUACCCUACACUUCCAAUCAAGGCAGAAAGGAUUAUAAUGCAAGCGCAAGCACAGAGUUUAACGAAAGUGCAAAAAGAAUUACUACAUUCUCUGAGAUAACAUUCACUUGGUCAGCUCCUAAUAUCACUGAUGUUUGCAUCGACUGUGAACGACAACAGCGGCUCUGUGGAUUCAGUUCACAAAGGAGGACAGCAUUCUGCAAACCUCAUGGUUCAAAAUCACCUGCCAAAGUUAUCAUAGUGGCAGUAUCUGUACCCACAAUUGUAGUACUUACACUGGUGGUGGCCUCUGCACUCUAUCUGUCUCUUAAAACCAAGAAUGACGAUGAGAUACAACUGAAGGUUGAAAUGUUUCUCAAGACAUAUGGCACAUCUAAACCGACAAGAUACACAUUCUCUGAAGUGAAGAGGAUUACAAGACGGUUUAAACAUAAACUAGGCACAGGUGGAUUUGGAAGUGUAUAUAAAGGUGAGCUGUCAAAAGGAGUACCUGUUGCUGUAAAGAUGCUUGAGAACUCAAAAGGAGAGGGGGAAGAGUUCAUCAAUGAAGUAGCAACCAUAGGGAGAAUCCAUCAUGUCAAUGUUGUCCGCCUCUUGGGAUUUUGCUCCGAAGGAACAAGGCAUGCUCUUAUUUAUGAAUUCAUGCCUAAUAAUUCACUGGAGAAAUAUAUAUUCUCACGUGAUUAUAUUAGUUCUCAAGAAGUCCUAGUUCCUGACAAGAUGCUCAAAAUAGCAUUAGGAAUAGCCCAAGGAAUUGAGUACUUACAUCAAGGGUGCAGCCAGCGCAUCCUCCACUUUGAUAUCAAGCCUCACAACAUUUUGCUAGACCACAGCUUCAGCCCAAAGAUUUCGGACUUUGGCCUUGCAAAGCUCUGCGCAAGGGAUCAAAGCAUUGUCACAUUGACUGCAGCAAGAGGCACAAUGGGUUACAUUGCACCGGAACUAUAUUCUAGGAACUUUGGCGCGGUAUCUUACAAGUCAGAUGUUUUCAGUUUUGGCAUGCUAGUGUUGGAAAUGUUGAGCGGAAAGAGGAACUCAGAUCCAAGUAUCAACAGCCAAAAUGAGGUUUUUGUUCCAGAGUGGAUAUAUGAGACAAUAGUCAGUGCGCAAGAGUCAGAAUUUGCCAAGGAUAUGACACAGGAAGAGAAAGAAAAGUUGAGAAAGCUGGCCAUUGUGGCGCUAUGGUGUGUUCAGUGGAACCCAGCAAACCGGCCCUCCAUGAGAAAAGUGGUGAAUAUGUUAACAGGAAGCUUGCAAAAUCUGAAGAAUCCCCCUAGGCCAUUCGUCUCAUCUCUAAGCUAACCUACACCAGAAAAUCUGGCGAGCUAAAUGUAUCAGCAUGUUACAUACAAGUUGAGCAUGUCAUGAUGUCCAGUCAGUUCUGAAAAUUGCACUCUGAAUGUAAUAUGUAGCUAGAACAAUACUUCUAUUUCCUAAUCGAUUUGUGAAUUGUAAGCAUGCAAAAAUUGUUA